UGAUUGUUUGUUUAUAGGUGUCCCAACCCCACACCCAGUCCCAGAGCUACUCACUCACCAAUUCUCUUCUCUUCACAGGAGUUUUAUGUGUUAAACCAUUCUAGGGUUUUCAUUUCGUGGGGAUAAAUUGAAGCCCUUUGAUUUGAGGAAAGAGAAAGAAAACUAAUCGUUGCGGAUUUGGUCGUCGGAGGUCAAAUUCCAACUCCGGUAACAAGAAUGAGCGCUUCUCGGUUCAUCAAGUGUGUCACAGUCGGCGAUGGAGCUGUUGGAAAGACUUGUAUGCUCAUUUCUUACACCAGCAACACUUUCCCCACUGAUUAUGUGCCAACCGUUUUCGACAAUUUUAGCGCAAAUGUGGUAGUCGAUGGGAGCACCGUUAAUCUAGGGUUGUGGGACACUGCAGGCCAAGAAGAUUACAAUAGAUUGAGACCUUUGAGUUAUCGAGGUGCUGAUGUUUUUAUACUUGCUUUUUCUCUCAUUAGCAAGGCCAGCUAUGAAAAUGUCUCUAAAAAGUGGAUUCCUGAAUUAAGGCAUUAUGCACCUGGGGUUCCAAUAAUCCUUGUUGGAACAAAGCUAGAUCUUCGUGAUGAUAAGCAGUUUUUCACGGACCAUCCUGGUGCAGUUCCGAUCACAACGGCUCAGGGAGAGGAGUUGAAGAAGCUAAUUGGUGCCCCUGCUUACAUUGAAUGUAGUUCCAAAACACAGCAGAAUGUGAAGGCUGUUUUCGAUGCAGCCAUUAAAGUGGUUCUGCAGCCACCGAAGCAAAAGAAGAAAAAGAAGCGGAAGGGUCAAAAGGGAUGCUCGAUAUUGUGAUUUUAGACCGACCAAGUGAAGAGAAAAGUGAAUUAUGCUGUGCUAAUUACCCUUGUACCUUUUCUAAAGCAUUUGCUCACUUUUGCUUUCUGUCUCAAGAAAAGCAGCUGUGUUGUGCGGUAGAUUGGAGGAGUUUAUAUAAGCUCAUUAUGUAUAUUGUUUAACACCAAAUGGUUGAGGCUAUUUUGGGUAUUUCUAGUUUGUUUCUUAUUUGGGGUGAAAUUAAUUUGAUAUGCUUCUUGUACCCUAAUUAUUUGCUUAAUGUCAGCCACCAUGUUUUCUUAAA